AUGUCAAGACUUCUCCGGGGAGUCGUGGCGGCACUACUACUGGGGGUUGGGCUCCCAUGUUCUCGCGCUAAGGCCGAGAAUCCCUACCCCCCAGAAAUUGGACCUGCAGACAUCAACGAUGCAUCCAGUAUCUCGAGUGACCCGCAAGGUCCUAUUGUCUCUCAAGCAGCGGCGUAUACGCCUGCAAUAUCUAAAGUUGGAUUCAGUCUUGUGUACCCGACGCUGUCGCCCAAGGAGCCUAUUUUGCUUCCCGAAGAUCUUGCUGCUCGCGAUGAAGCCAAAGAGCCGUCAAACGAAAGCCCUCAGAGCACCUUCUUGAGGCUACCCCCACGUGUUACGAUAACAAACGUCUACAAAGUACACGUUGUUUCAGACUGUGUUAUGGGGCGCUGUUAUUUUCGGCCGGUAAAUGUGUACAUUCAGCCGACCAAUUGGUUUGUAGACCCCGACAAAGCAUCGUUGCAGUCUUUGACAGCGGCGUUGAAGGUGCAUGCUUUGCAUCUACUGAGAAUGAGGGAAAAAGCGGCGAGAUUGCAUCGGAAUCUCCUUGUUCGCAAACCUUCUUCGUGGCUGUCUCGCAUGAGGGCUCGGCUCUCCGCGGAACUUGGCGCCGUCUGUUUCAUGCAGCCAGCAGCCAGUCAACAGCCACGUGGAAGGGAGCCCGUGAGGUUGCUGAGGGCUAACAAGCAAGCAAAGCUAAAUAGCUUGUUUGACAGUAGCCAAAAGGACCAAGUUUUUGCUUCACCUGGCGACAGCAUUCCGCUUGACCCACAAAUUGUUGAUAUCAAAGAUGCGGUGGCCAACGAGGAAGAAUACCGUAGAGCAUUGGAACAAGCCCCCCAAAAUGUAUUUGGCCUAUGCAGAAGACCGCGCAGUAACAUGCUGAGACGCCUGGCUGACAAGGGGUUCGUCCUGUGCACUGUCGUGUUGAGGAAGGACCAGCACUUCGUCGACCGAUGCAGGGACCUUGCCGUUGAUGACAUCCACACCAUGCAGGCAGUGGACAAACUUCAUAGACGUCUGAACGAUCCUUCUUUGCCUAUGCUUGGCUAUGUACCGAUGAGCCUUCCCAUGGAGAGUACUGAGGCCUCUGCUGACCCCUGCGUUGCCCACAUCUCUCGGGAGCUACAGGCUGUUGAAGAGUUGCAUGCAAUGGAGCUAUGGCAAACAGCUGAAAUGAACAAGGCUAUCACUUCUGAAAUGGUGCUGAGGUCGAUGGUUAAGUUCGCGCACUUUACAGUUAGGGAAAUCGCACCGGAGACCUCUCCCGAGUAUCGACUUUCGCUCUUAAAGCUCGCAAAUAAAUGGAGUAGGACAACAGAACUCGUGCGAAAAUUCAAUGAGGCCGUCGCUGCCUGUCCCACUCCAACAGUGAGGCCGGUAUAUUUCCCACAGUAUGAAAGUAAAAUGCUGCCCCUUCCAAAGGAGUCUCUUUCUGACAUCCCGUUUCAACUUUCAAAGAUUUUGAGCCUUCAGAUUCCUCCCAUACACAGGUUAUUGAUUGGAGGUGCAUAUCUGUUGUCACUCACUUUGAACCGUCGGGGUCUAGUAGAAGGAAUAGGAAGACAAGAAAUACCUGGCCUAAACCAUGUAAGGAAAUAUGUGCAACAAGUUGCUCAGACGGCGGCUCGCAUUUUGGAGAUUGAUCUGGAUCCGGAAAUUCAGUGGGGGCUUGUCCGCACCCUCAUGGUUGUACCCUUUUGGCUCUUUGCAUUCGGACGUGGUGGGACUCUACAUGGGGGCUGGUGCAACACUUUGUUUUUUUUUCAGUUUGUUAAAGAUGCGACUGCAACAUCUCUGAAACAACCAGGCCUGCAAAAUUGGGCUAGACGGUCGAUCAGCAAGUUGGUUAAGCGCGUUGAAGUGGGCACACUCCCGGACAAAGCUAAGGAGCAUGCCAAUGUCUUCCUCGAACAACACAUCAAGUUUUUACCACAGCUACACCCCGACUUGUUCCGGACACAAGCCGGAAAAGUAUUUAAGGCCUCUCCGUUUCCCAGCUCGCCGAGGACAACUUGA